GUUGCGGGCAGCGUAUCGAUGCUUUGGCUCGAUACUUUGGUGCUGCUGACAUACAGUGGCAGCGCAGCUCAAGUCAUUUAGUUAUUUUUCUGUCUGAAUUUAAGAAUUUUUGUUUUUGUUUGUCAGAAUAAUACUAAUACGGUUAAACAAAAUCAUAAUUCUGGAGAGCUGACGGCACAUUGAAGAAAACGGCAGAGAAACGUACGUUGUAAAUUCAAUUAAACGUGUGCUCGGUGGCAAAUGCUUCUUGUGCAUGGGCAAGUGUGUGUAUAUGUGUGUGUGCGUGAACUAAACGCAAAAAGUGUAAAACGGAUGAAAUAGUUAAACAAUUAAGAUCAAAUGCAAUUGCAUGCCGCAAGUGUAUACCAAAUAUAUGAAUUCUGUUGUUCAAAGUGCAAAAUAAAGCUAUCUAGGGGCGAGGAAAGCAGCAGCAGUGCACGCAGAGAUUGACUUCCCGCCGCGCAUAGUGAUAGUAUUAUGGAAAAAGGAUGUUCAGUUGCUAGCAGUAAUUGUGAAAGCGCCGAGGACGACGCUCAGCAGGAGAGCAGCAGCCGAACUGGGAGCCAACUAAAGCCGCUAACACCUCAAGCAUCACAGCGACAGCCACAGCCAAAGCCAAGCACUAGCCAAGCGAGAUUAGAGGAGCGAAGCGCAGCAGUAACUGAAUCUAUGUCCAAGUUGAGGGAAGACGUGGAGGACUGUGUCUCUUCAAAUUCGCAACAUGGCUUUGCCGUCGUGAUCGAUGAUGAGUCCAGUACCGAGACGGGCGUCCUGGAGACAUACGAGAUAAGCUCUUCCAAUUCACUGCCCACCAGCACGGGGGGCGGGGCUGCCUCGACCGUGGACGUUGUGCCCGUCGACGACAGCUCCUCCACAGAUACGCUCAAUGGCAAUGAGAACGGACGCAGGCGCAGCGAGGAUGAUGCCGCCUCCGAGGAGCGCAGUUCGCUGAAUAAUGUUUUCUUCAAUGACGAGCCGCCCGUUGUAUGCCUUAUAAACGAUGAGGAUGAUUUCGAUGAGGAGGAGGAAAUUGUCGAGGAGGAGGACGACGACGAUGAGGUGCGCUCCAUGCCCCUAGACUGCCCCAAUACAUCACAGAUCGAUGGCAGCGCAGGCGUCGCUUGCACUGCUGACGGCAUCAUCACAACAGCCGAUGGCUCCAAAAUAUUCCUGGAGACACCUGUUGUGGACGAGCCGCAAUCACAUACUCAUGCCAGCGCCUCCGCCGGCAAUCCGGCUGUCCAGUCCGAGCUGCUCGCGGGCAAACCGAAGCGGCUCAGCGAUGAAUUCGAGGCGGAGGAGCCCCGAGGAGUUAAGUCUGAAACGGAAAGCGGCAGCGGCGGCAACGGAUUAGCGGAUGUGGCAAGCAGCUCGCUGCACGACAGACAAAUGACCGUUCGGCUAAAGCAGAUGAGCCUGACGGCCAGCGCGGAGGCGACGGCAGCCGCCAGCUCGACCACCAGCAGCACCCUCAGCCAGGCGGACAUCGACUCCAUGGAUCGCAUCGAGCGUCGCGACUUUGAGACCGAACAGCGACUCACCGGCGGCAUUAUACUCGGCACAAGUUCGCUGAUAAGCAAAAAUCGCCUCAAUCUAAGUCUGAUCAAUCGUGCGGCAGCCGCAGCAGCAGCAGCAGCAGCUGGAGCAGGAGCAGGUACAGCAGCUGGAGCAGGAGCUGGAGCUGGCGGCGGCGGCAGCGAUGAUUGGCCCAGCAGCAGCCAGGCGCGCGCCUUCUCCUCGGACAGCAAGUGCACGUACAAGGAUCUAUCGACGACGCCCACGAGCAGCCGCAAGUACACGAACAGCCGACUGAGCAAGUCCACUGCCAAACUUAAUUUGGGCUCAACGCUGGAUUAUGCUAUUGCCUGCCCGCAGCACAGUUCCAGCACCAAUUCCAAGCUGCCCUUUGUGGUGCUGGUCAAGUCCAGCGUUAACAGCAGCGGGAGCAGCAGCAGCAGCAGCAACGCGUCCACUUCCACCAGCAAUCGCACAGAUGUCUACACGAGCACCAACUCGAAUGACAACCUGAACGCCUCCUCGACGAGCUGCCAGCAGACGGAAAAGGAUGCUGCCGCGCCACUGGCCACAUCCUUCAGCUCGGUGGGCUCGCAGACGAGCCAGGAGAGCGGCUGCAGUCGCACCAGCGUGCUGGCCAAGUCGCUGGACGUGGAUGCGCAGCCAUCGACCUCGGCCACAUCGACCACAUCCUCGGCACGUUGUCAUUACGCAGCGGCGACCGUGAAGGCGGCCACGAGGCAGGUGAAUGCCAGCGCCCAGACACAGGAGCGUUUUCUGGCACGCAGCGGACUGGCAGCUGGCGGCAACAACAACAACAACAACAUCAAUCGCCCGCGUCGCCGCAUUGAAGCCACACGCAACAGCACCAACGAUGCCAUUGUCCUGGGCAUUGUUGUUGAGGAGAAUCCCGGCAAUGCUGACAACGGCGGCGGCGGCGGCGUUGUCGAGCCGGGUGACUUUAGUGCCGAGGAGCCGUGGGGCAAUUGCGAUGAGGAGAACAACUGUUCCGAUUUGGAAGAGAUUUGCACAUGCCAGAACAGCAUCCUGGCCAACAGUCGCAGCGGCAGCAAUGCCAGUCUAAGCGAAGCGCUCGACAUGGACGCCAUGGACAGCUAUCACGACGAAGCCGUUGCCAGCGACUGCGUCCAGCAGCAGCAACAAAAUCAGCAGCAACAUCAGCAGCAGCGCAAGCGUAAAUACAACGAGGGACGUCUGCUGGAUGGCGACUACUCGAUGAGCAUAACGAACAGUGGGGGCGGCGGCGGGGCUGGCGGUGGCAUUGCUGCCGGAGCGGGCGAUAAUAGCCGUAAGCGCAUUGCCUAUGAUUUUGCCUCAACACCGCGCUCCUCAACGCAGCAGCCCUUAGGCAAUGCCGUGAUGCUAACGAUUACGCCCACAACGUGUGGUCUGGUGGGCAGCUCGCCGGCUCUGGGCCGGCGUACGCCGCGUGCUCUGAUGCCGACACGCGACAAUCCGCCGCCCGAGCUGCAGCAUUGGCUAGCGCAAUUCCAGCGCUGGUCCCAUGCCGAACGGCUGCUGGCCGUGGAUCGUCUGAUCGAUCAUUGCGAUCCCUCGCAGGUGCGUCACAUGAUGAAGGUCAUCGAGCCGCAAUUCCAGCGCGAUUUUAUAUCGCUGCUGCCGCGUGAGCUGGCGCUGUUUGUGCUCUCAUAUCUGGAGCCGAAGGAUUUGUUGCGCGCCGCACAAACGUGCCGCAGCUGGCGUUUCCUCUGCGACGACAAUCUGCUGUGGAAGGAGAAGUGCCGCAAGGCUCAGAUCCUAACGGAGACGCGCAGCGAUCGGCCCAAGCGUGGACGCGACGGCAAUAUGCCGCCGAUUGCGUCACCCUGGAAGGCGGCGUACAUGCGACAGCACAUCAUCGAGAUGAACUGGCGUUCGCGGCCCGUCCGCAAGCCCAAGGUGCUCAAGGGUCAUGACGAUCAUGUCAUCACCUGCCUGCAGUUCUCCGGCAAUCGCAUUGUCUCCGGCUCCGAUGACAAUACGCUUAAAGUUUGGUCUGCCGUCAAUGGCAAGUGCCUGCGCACCUUGGUGGGUCACACGGGCGGCGUUUGGUCCUCGCAAAUGUCCGGCAAUAUCAUAAUUUCCGGCAGCACGGAUCGCACGCUCAAGGUGUGGGACAUGGAGAGCGGCAGCUGCGUCCACACACUCCAGGGCCACACCUCAACGGUGCGCUGCAUGCAUCUGCAUGGCAACAAGGUGGUCAGCGGCUCGCGGGAUGCUACGCUGCGUGUGUGGGACAUUGAGCUGGGCACGUGUCUGCAUGUGCUGGUGGGUCAUCUGGCGGCGGUUCGAUGUGUGCAAUACGAUGGCAAGCUGAUCGUGUCUGGUGCCUACGAUUACAUGGUCAAGAUCUGGCAUCCCGAGCGACAGGAGUGCCUGCACACGCUGCAAGGACACACCAAUCGCGUCUACUCCUUGCAGUUUGAUGGCCUUCAUGUGGUCUCCGGCUCGCUGGACACGUCGAUACGGGUGUGGGAUGUGGAGACGGGCAAUUGCAAGCACACGUUGAUGGGCCACCAAAGCCUCACCUCGGGCAUGGAGCUGCGCCAGAACAUACUCGUCUCUGGCAAUGCCGACUCCACCGUCAAGGUCUGGGACAUAACAACGGGCCAGUGCCUGCAGACGCUAUCGGGUCCCAAUAAGCAUCAGUCCGCGGUCACCUGCCUGCAGUUCAAUUCGCGCUUUGUGGUGACCAGCUCCGAUGAUGGCACCGUCAAAUUGUGGGACGUCAAAACGGGCGACUUUAUACGCAAUCUGGUGGCACUCGACUCCGGUGGCUCCGGCGGCGUUGUCUGGCGCAUCAGGGCGAACGACACGAAGCUGAUAUGCGCCGUGGGCUCACGCAAUGGCACGGAGGAGACAAAGCUAAUGGUAUUGGACUUCGACGUGGAGGGCGCUUGUGUCAAGUGCUCGUAGGAACAGUGCCAGGAACAGUUCCAGAUGCAGUUCCAGUUGCAGUUCCAUUUGCAACCUGUCUGCAAAAGAUGGCGCCAGCUGCUCUAUGUUAUGAUAAACGCGAAUGCCGCGAUAGCCGCUAAAACGCUUUAGCUCGUAAUGGGAACGAGCAGCCGGAGGCGAUAUCACACAUACAUCCACACACACACACACCCAUAUAUAUAUAUAUACCCACACACUCACACACACACUUACAAAGAGGACGCGUCUAUCUGUCAUGCAUAAUCAGAAUGUUAUCGUCGCUUGCCUUGCCAACAAAUGCAGCUGCUCACACACACACACACACACACACACACCACACAAACACACACAUACACUACAAACACACACACACACACAUGGGAGUUGAGAGUUGUGAGUGUUAAAAGUUUUCAACGUUAUCAUUUGUUUCAAUUGCGUUGCUUUUUAUAUAGCCAAAAUUUGUUUUCCACAAAAUAGCAUAAUUUUUGCUUCUUAGUUCUUAUUGAUUAUGAAUACGUGCUGCAAACACAUCUUUAUAUACAUAUAUAUAUAUAAAUAUAUAUAUAUGCGUAUAUAUAUAUCGCAUUGAAAGUCGAAUACUUAGGGUACAUAUUGUGUAAUAUGUAAUAUUAACUAUAUACGUAUUAUGCAUAUACAACAUUUACAUACAUACAUAUUUUGUUCCGUAUCGAAUGAACCGAAAAACGUUUUAUGAAAAAACAGCUUUAUAUAUUGAUUAAAAUUGUAAAUUGUUUAAAUGAUUGAUUAAUUAAUUAAUUAUGAUAAUGUUAAUAUUGCCGUUAGAGCAUUUUGGUGUCCACUUGAGUUGUCGUUUCUGUUUCUAUAUAUUCUGUGGUUUCGUUCGAUCUGUUUUGUUUACACACACGCCCACACACACACACACACACACACACUCAUACAUGCGUAAUUACACACACGUAUGCAAUUGAGAGUAUGUAUUUGAUUUAAAAAAGUUUUUGUUAAAAUGCUUCCCGUGUGGCAAUUCCGUACAAAUUGUAUGUUGGUAUAUGCUUAAAAUUAUUGCGAGAAAAAAAUCGAAAUAAUUUCAAUUUUUUUUUAUGUUUGCCUGCUUAUUUGGUGGGCCAGAGCCGUAUAUAGAGAUUUAAGUAUUUCGUGGUACUCAAUUCGGGGGGGCAGCUCACACACUCACACAUACAAAACAAACAAACACACACACACACACAUACACACACAAAAGCAUUAAGCGAACAUAUAUUUUAAUUAUAGACUGAUUUAUUAGUAAUUGAAAUUAAUCUACAAAUUUAAGCAUAAAUCUGAAUAAACGCAGGAAUAAUAAUUAAACCAAGAGUUAAAUAAAAAAUGCAUGUGCAUGUGAUUUUA